GACAAGUAAGGCGCCAGAAUUGCAUUUACCAGUGGCGAAUGUCAUGAAUGUGAUUUUAAUUUUUUAAAUAUAUAUUUAAAGUUUACGUUUUUCUUUUUAAAAGUGUAAAGCCAGUGAAAAAGUUAUAUCCAGCAAAUGUUAUAUGCUAAAGGAAACAGAAACACUAACGACAUGUUAAGUACACCUCAAGUAUGGAAGGAGAGUUAGAUACAGAGUCCAGAGAAUGGAAAGAUAUCUUAACAGAAAAGGGCAGUGUUCCUUCUAAUGAAACUACCGUUCUUCAGUAUGAAACAGACCAUUUUGAUGAUAAACGCUCGUUUAGUGAAGAGCUCAGAGAGCACAAGAAUAAAGUUAUUUGGGCCUUCAAUUAUGGUGAGGAGGUAACAAAAAAGACGUUGGAAAAUAUACAAGCCUAUAAACAGAAAACAAUGGAAAGCUAUUCUCUUUCAUAUGUAAGUCCAAGUGACGUAAAAUACGGAAUAACAAACAGUAACACAGAUGAACCAUCCACAUCAACCGGUACUUAUUCAAACCACAUAACACCCCACUCACAUAAAAAGCAUAGUUGUCACAGAAAGAGUAAAAGGCGUGAAAUAACUGACGAAUUCAGUACUCCACAAAAAACCCGUGAAACUCCAUUACCCUUGUUACCCUGGGCUGACAGUAAGGAAGUUUGGCAAAAUAUGGUUUAUAAAGAAGAAGCUACUUCGCAAACAAGGAAUUCGAGACUGUUUGAAGACAGAACCAGUUUCUUGCCCAGAAUGCGUGCAAUUUUAUUAGACUGGAUCAUGGAAGUUUGCGAAGUCUAUCGUCUUAAGAGAGUAACUUAUUAUUUAGCAGUAGAUUAUGUAGAUCGGUAUUUAACCAUUAAACUGAAUAUUCCAAAAACACAAUUGCAAUUGAUUGGCGUAUCUUGUCUUUUCAUUGCUGCAAAAUUAGAAGAAAUUUAUCCUCCAAAACUAAGCGAAUUUUCAUAUGUGUGUGAUGGAGCAUGUACUAAUGCUGAAAUUUUAGCAUGUGAAGUUCUUUUAUUGAAUACCUUGGGUUGGGAUGUGAAUCCCAUGACACCUAGUGGAUGGUUGAAUUUGUAUAUGCAAAUUCAUUAUGAUGCUGCAAGUGUACGAAGGCAGAAACUUCGUGAAGGUUUAAACAGAGAUUUUGUGUUCCCUCAAUAUUCAGCGUACCAGUUUGUAAGAGCAUCACAUUUGAUGGAUUUGUUUUCUUUAGAUCCUGGUUAUCUCAGAUUCAGUUACAGUGUAAUUGCUGCAGCUGCUAUGUACUUUAUAUUUGGCAAACGAGUAGCAUUGACCGUGUCAGGAUUAGGUUGGGACCAACUUAAGCACUGUGUUGAGUAUAUGGCAGUUUUUUAUAAAGUAAUUAGAGAUACUCCCGAUCCUAAACUCCACAGUAUUCCUACACACGAAAUAGAUCAAAGACAAUUGGCUUGUUACCGAUACAUUCGAACCAAAGUUCCAGAUCUUGUACCCGAUGAAAACCAUUCUUUGCAGACUCAUAGCGUAGAUCUUGACUAUUUUGAAAAAGCCACCCUCAUGCGGUUGGAGCAAAUGGGCCUUCGAGUAGAAAAGACAUACAUAAAAAAGAAGAAAGAAAAACAAAAAAGUAACACUCCCGAAAAAUGCAAGGAGGAUUGCCAAGAUAAAAAAAACCGGGAAGAAGAAGAGGAGAUGACGCUUGUUAUUUUCGACAUAGAAAAAGUUCUUGACGAUGCUGUUAGUGCCUUGGAUAAAAAGAAGACUGACGAAACUGAAAGUACUGAUAGCAGUCCAGACAGUGUUAAAAGCAGUACUAGAUCUACAGAUACACUUACAUGCUUUAGUCCCAGUUCAAUUCCAUGUGAAGCCGAUAUUUUUACAAAAGAUCCAAAAACGAAGCUAACAUUUGAUGAAAUAUUAGCAAGGCUACAUGACUGUGCAAAUCAAUUAUACCCAGAAACUGCUACACCUAAGAGUACAGAUUCCUGUAAUGAAGACUGAACAUAACCAUAUCUUCAUUUUUUUUAUAUUUAUCCAUUUAUGAUACCGAGUACAGUCGUAUAUUUCUGCGCUUAUAUGUUACAUUUUAUCUUUUUGUCUUUUUCCUGUGAUAGUCAUCAGAAGAAAGGUUUACUUUUUAACUUUUUGUAUUGGUCAAGUAAUAGUAGUACCUGACUAGAAUUGUUCACAGAAUAUCACAAUUAAAUAAGGAGGUUCCUCUAAGCGAGGUGAUGGUUAUUUAAAAAUAUCCCAAAUGUUUUAUCAAUUUGACAAAAUCGUUUUUACGAUUCUAUUUUUUUUUCAAUUUAAAAAUAUUUUAAAAACGAGUUUUUUUUUAGUUUGCACAUUGUUUUUUUCUGGAUUAAUUAAAUAUAUUGACUUAAUUGUAAUUUUAUCACAUUAUUUUAUUUGGAAUUAUGGGAUAGAUUAAUCUUAAAACAAAUAUUCAAUAAAAGUAACAGUAUAUUUUA